GGCCGGCUACUCUUCACAACUGAAGGCGCACUUCCGGAAACUGACCUGUCAACCUCAAUAAUUUAGCAAAUUUUAAACCAGCCGUUCUUGAAAAAGACUGUAAAAAAAGAGUUUGAUGUCUUUAAAUCAGGUAUACAGGCAUUCACAUCAGUGUCUUGCGAAAGUCACUGCUCCGAUACUUGGUGCGAAUUUAACAAGCAGCAGAAAAAUGUCAAGCAAGAUUCGUAUGGCUGAUCGCCUUAAGGGCACAGAGAAGAAUGUUUGGGUUGAAUUUGGAAAACUGUCUGCUGAAUACAAAGCUAUAAAUCUUGGACAGGGUUUCCCUGACUACCACCCACCCCAGCACGUUCUCGACAUCUUCGCCAAACUUGUACAGGGCGAUAAUCCACUAGUGCAUCAGUACACGCGCUCCUAUGGUCACCCUCAUUUGGUAAACGUCCUGGCUAAACUUUACGGGCCGAUAAUGGGACGGCAGAUCGACCCAAUGACAGAAGUUACUGUUAGCAUCGGGGCGUUUGGAAUCCUUUUCUCCUGCAUGCAAGGGCUCGUUAAUCCUGGCGACGAGGUGAUAAUCAUCGAGCCAUUCUUCGACUGCUACGAGCCAAUGGUCCGAGUCGCAGGAGGAAAACCAGUCUUUGUACCACUCAGACCAACAAAGACCGAGGGUGAGAUGACAAGCCACGACUGGCAGCUCAACACAGAAGAGAUCACGAAGGCCUUCAACAAGAACACCAAGGCCAUCAUACUCAACAACCCCAAUAACCCAGUGGGAAAGGUUUUCCGUCGUGAAGAACUGGAGGUGAUUGCCAAGCUGUGUAUCGAGCACGAUGUUGUCUGUGUCGCUGAUGAAGUCUACGAGUGGAUGAUUUACAGGGGAUUCGAGCACAUCAAAAUUGCUACCUUGCCGGGAAUGUGGGAUCGUACAAUCACUGUAGGAAGUGCCGGAAAGACGUUUAGUGCCACAGGAUGGAAGCUUGGAUGGGCUGUGGGGCCUGCGGAUCUCAUGCAGGCGCUUAUGGUGCUUCACCAGAACUCCAUCUACACCUGCCCUACACCUAUACAGGAAGCCGUUGCAGCUGGCCUUGAGUACGAGUUGUCUGUAUUUGGUGACGAGGAAAAAUGCUACCUCAAAUCUCUUGCGCUACAAGAGCUUGCGCCAAAACGUGACAUGCUCGCUAAAGUCUUAUCAGAGGUUGGCAUGACGCCGACUGUACCUGAGGGAGGCUAUUUCAUGUUGGCGGACAUUUCAAAACUGAACGUGGAAAUACCAGAUGAUGGUACAGAUGACCCUUAUGACUUCAAGUUUAUCCGCUGGCUCACGAAAAAUAAGAAACUGUCGUGUAUCCCUCCAACAGCCUUUUAUAAUAAGGAGCACAAACAUCUCGGAGAAAAGUUCAUCCGCUUUUGUUUUAUCAAGGAGGAUUCUACUUUGGAAGCCGCAGGGAAAGUCCUGAAGGAAUGGAAGGCCGAACUCGACAGUAAAUCCAGCUGAAAAACUCAACUCCCUUGAGAAAGAUGACAGACAUGCCUUCGUAAUAUUUAAAAAAAAAUGUGCUAGACAUAUAAAGUGCCAGACAUUUGAAGAACCAAAAAGUGAUUUUGAUCAUUUAUUAUAGUAACAAUGGUUUGGGACAAAACGCGGGAUAGUUUGAAUAUUGUUUCGUUCCUUGGAGGAUUAAUCUCUCAACAAAAGGAGGAAUGAAAGGUGUAUAAAGGUGAUCUAAAUAUUAGCUGAUUAUUUUGGUCACAGUGGGCAGUAUUCAUAAAACAUCUAAAGUCUUUUCUUAACUUAAGUUGAUUUCUUAAAAUUGUCAUAGUCAAAUUAAAAGAAAAGUAUAAAUGAUUUUAGAAAAAGAGUCUUUAUUCAAUAACAUCAAUGAAAAUCAAGUAUUUCAGACAUUAUUUUGUUAUUAUAUCAAAUGACAAGUGAGAUAUUUAAGUUAGGAAUGUGACUUUACUUAGAAAAGUGAUUUAACUAAGGGAAGUGACUUAAGUAAGUACAUAUCAAAAGAUGUUUUAUAAACACUGGCCCUGAACCAUCCAUACAUGUAUGUUAUAAGUUUGAAACACCUCUACAACUUUCAUAGUCAUGUUUUGUCUUGUUAUAAACCAUUAUUACAACAGUAAAUGAUCGAACUCACUCAUUAUUAAUUACAUGUACAGCUGUGUGAAGUCUUGUCUUUAUGUAAGGGCUAUUCCAGUAAAACAUAUAACCCACAGAGGGGAGGCAAUUAUUUAAAUAGUAUAUGGGUGGGUGUCUUUCUUUGCUUAAUUGGACCCCAAAAGGUUAAAUUUGCUUCUGUAGUUGGGUGGAAUAAUUCAAAAGUGUGUUCCCCCAGGGGGUUAUAUGUUUGAAUGGAAUAGCCCUGAAUUUGCCUUAUACCAAUCUUCAAUUAAAUAGAAGUGCAGUGCACAAUAUUGAUAAUAUACCCUUCAAAAUCUUUAUUGUUUUAAUGUUUUAAUCUUAAGUGGCAGUAUUAGGUAUAACGGGUUGAUUGUUCAGAGCUUUGUUUUAAACUUCAUCGUUGUUUUGAAACCUAAUAUUAUUAGUAGGCUCCCCAGGAGGGCGCUGGCUGUAUGUGAUAUUGUCCAAAAGAUAGCUGAACUUCGGGACCUGUUCAUAAAUUGCAGAAUAUUCAUGCUAUUAAUUCUUUCAACAGUGAACGAUAAAUUUGAAAGACAGUGUGUGUUUUAAAUUGUUGAUGAAGUGUAAAAUUAUAAAGGCCCUGCAUUAUUACUUGUUUUUGGAAAAUAUUGAUUUUAUAUACCAACUUCUCCCUAAAUAGCUGAAGGUUACACGAUACCAUUAUAAUUUCCUGUAUGUUUCUCAAUCUUUUACACAGUAUUCUCCCUUGACGACAAAGGAAGCUUGGAAAGUUAUCAUUAUGCUUGUUUGUUUUGCAGUGUCAUUCAAAAAAAAUAAUAUAAGCUUGUUUCCUCAUAAUGUAUAAUCAUUUUUCCCAUUCAUUUAUUCAUUGCAGAAUUAUGUAUUUUGAAAACAUGAAUACUAAAAUUUUUAUCUUUGAGGUACACACAAGUUUUCAUUGGUGCAUUUAGAACUCGUCGGCCAUUUUUAUCGAAAACAACCUUGGAUGUUUAUGGACGGUUUACAUACUCAAAAAACGGUACAUUUAAGUCCCCUGCAAGUAGAUCGCGUAGUAAUUUAAUUUAGCAGUAAAACUUAAUGACUUAACUCUUGGGAAUCUUAAUUAUGUUUGCAAUGAUACACUUCACUGACAAUCAGUUUAAACUGAGAUCAAUGAUUUCAAGCUAAAUCAUUUAAUUUAAUUAAUGAUAUAAUUAAAAAAAAAAUACAAACUACUUCUACAUAUGUACCGGCAUACAUCCGAGGUGUUGUUGUUGUUUUUUCGAUAAAAAUGACUCGGGAGCUCCAAAUGUCAUUGGUGAUCAAGAUGCAUGUUUUGUCUAUUUUGUUUCCAAUGACUUGAUGCUAUGCAUCAAUGAUUUACUCAAUGUUAUGGUCAUGUGUGAACACCAGGAUCUAUUUAUAGAUAUGCUAAAAAGUGUUUUUUCAGUAAUUUGUAUAGCCAAUAUUUGGUUAUGUCAAGUCCAAAAGUAUGAUUUUUGACUUUGUAUCCCAAAUGUUCCAAAUAAUAAAUCAUAGAUUAAAAAAAAAAGAUAAAUCAAAUUUCUGUUUGAAAACAUGUAGUUUAUUUUAAUUGAAAUUAUAAAAGCCCACAAUUCAAUAGUUAAAAGGAAUAUUUGAGCAUUUUCAACUUAAAAACAUAAUCCUUUAUAAAGAAUACCAAUUCUUUGAAAGACUGUGAAAAUUCCCAAUUAAUGAGGUAUUGAACAUUUUCCCAAAAUACCAGAAGAAAAAACACCCUCUGAGUCAUAGUAAGCUUUAGCAACCAGAUUUAUCAAUAAUGAGGCACUUGCAAUGUCUUGAAUUUGUAAAGAAAUAAGAAAUGUGAUAGAUAUUAUAAGUUAUGGGGUAAGUAGUUGACCCGAUAUGGGAUAUACGGAGCAAAACAGAACCAUUUCUUCCAUUUUGAAGACAUUAUUAGAUUGAAUAUGGUUUCCUGUGCCCCGUAUAACACAUAUGAUAUCCGGUCAGCUUCUAACCCCAACAUGUUUAUAUCACGUUGACAACCAGUUUACAUGUUUAAAUGUUUCAUUUAUUCGGAAAAUAGAUGUCAUGUUGGUACGAUAUAAAUUUGGUGACCCAAUAUGGAAAUCUAGAGGGUCACUGUAUGACCAGUCCUGGACCAACCAGGCAUUGCAUUGUUUAUGUUGAAGGCGUGAUAUUGUUACUUAACAUUACUAAAUGAAGAAUAAAUUGUAAAUGAGAUUUCAUUUGUCAAUGACGUUCUUCUAUUUUUGAAGACUAUUAGGUUGAAUUUAUUUACAUUUAUGAAGAAUAAAUUGUGAAUGAUUU